CAUGGGGACUGUACGACUGCACAGUGAGCGGUUUUGUCUGAUGUCACUUCUCAGCACUGAUUUGGAGACAAAAUUGCCAACGCGCAAUUACGCCAUGCAGACUUAGACCAUCUGUGUGGUUUAUUUAUGUUUGUUUACGCUCUUUCGUGAGUUGCGGUUACAAGUGAUCUGCAGCCUGCUAUGGAGGACCUCUCGAGUCAAAAUGAGUCUGAGCACUGACAAUGUCACAAACUUGUGGAAAAAUGGUUCCUCGGAAUUCGACGGAACUCCGAGUGUAUCAUCACAAGUUAACUUCACCAACAGCUCCGGGGGAAACCACACGGAGCACAGCGAAGUGGCCCUUACCCGAGCCAUCCCGCUCGCCUUGGUGCUUGGGGCUUUCAUCGUGUUCGCCAUCGCCGGCAACAUCCUCGUCAUCCUCUCGGUGGUAUGCAACAGGCACCUGCGGACCCCGACGAACUACUUCAUCAUCAACCUGGCCAUCGCCGACCUACUGCUGGGCACGACGGUGCUGCCGGUGUCGGCCACGCUGGAGAUCCUAGACUACUGGGUGUUCGGUAGGAUCUUUUGUGAUAUAUGGGCGGCGGUGGAUGUGCUGUGCUGCACCGCGUCUAUCAUGAGCCUGUGCGUAAUAUCCAUCGACCGCUACAUCGGAGUGAGCCACCCGUUGCAGUACCCGGGCAUCGUGACCGAGAAGCGGGCUCUACUGGCCAUGCUCGGGGUGUGGGUGUUGUCCGUGGUCAUCUCCAUCGGACCUCUGUUUGGGUGGAAACAGCCGCCGUCGCCGGACGACACGAUGUGCCCCAUCACCGAGGAGCCGUUUUACGCGCUCUUCUCCUCCCUCGGCUCCUUCUACAUCCCUCUCAUCGUUAUACUGGCCAUGUACUGCCGGGUGUACAUAGUCGCGAAACGGACCACUAAGAACCUGGAGGCCGGGGUGAUGCGCGAGAGGAUGAACUCCAGCGAGCUGACACUGAGGAUCCACAAGGGAUCUCAGGUGCAGGACGAGCCUGGCACCUCCAACACCGGCAAGGGCCGCGCACACCAGGCGAGAAGUUCCCUUACGGUGAAACUUCUGAAAUUCUCCCGGGAGAAGAAAGCGGCCAAAACUUUGGGAGUUGUGGUUGGCAUGUUUACGCUUUGUUGGCUGCCCUUCUUUCUCGCCUUGCCCAUAGGGUCUUUUAAUGUGAACCUGCGUCCUCCUGAUGUCCUCUUCAAAGUGAUCUUCUGGCUGGGCUACUUCAACAGCUGCCUGAACCCCAUCAUCUACCCCUGCUACAACCGCGAGUUUAAGCUGGCCUUCAUCCGCAUCCUCCGAUGUCAGUGUCACCAACGUAAACGUCCCGGGUGGAGGGCAUACAAUUACCGUUCCUCCAACUUUGGCUCAUCUGUAAACUCACGCAAAGGCUCCACCGAUCACAACUCCAGCUGCUUGAAUGGCAGUCAGCGUACUCUGCCGUCCUCAGCGAGCCCGAGCCCCAGCUACUUAAACAAGGGUCUUCCACCUUGCCCUGAGGGGGAAACGUUAUACAUCUGGGGGUCCACCACCCCAACUCCCUCCACACCCAACCUGCUGCCUGGGAGCCCCGCAGACUGCCAGCAGAUAUCUCUGAGAGGGGAGGGAAAGGGACUGAAACCACCAGAACAGACUACUGGUGGUAUUUUUUCUUUCUCCUUUGGGAAGAAUAGAGACAAGGGAGGGAUCAACAAAGACAGCAUCAUGCCUGAUGACAAGGUGUGAGUCUUGACUUGUUGAUUCAUUCCUUCAUAUGGAGUCACCAACAGAAGGUGGAUGUUCACAGGUCUGCUGCAUUCACUGUACAUGAUGCCAUGUUCAUUCAUCAGUCAGUGGGUUGUCAUUGUCAUUAGUGGUCAAUGUAAGAUGAAGAUAACUGACUAUGCUGCUGUAUCCGAGGUAUUUUGUCUUAUGUUACUGUAUCUGUGGUUAACAUAGACGAGAGGGUUGAAUGGACAGUUGGACAUAAUAUUUCAGGGAAAGGCUCAAGACAGUUGAUCAAAAUCACAGACUGGGAAGACACCAGUGACUGCAUUUUGAUUAAGCAAAAACGACAUAUGAAGGAAGGACACUAUCAAAGAGGAACUGUCCACACCACAGCCUUUGUGUUGAAAAUCUGUGUCUGCCCUGUAAAAAGACUGAACAUGACUAAGAGGCUGACUUGUGUUAAAAUGUGUGGUAACAAAACAGUCACCCUUCUGUUGCAGUCACUUGAUAUCUUCAUGGUAUGUUGUGAAAAAAGUAUAACCUGGUUUAUCUGCUGUGCGCACAAUAAUCAGAUAUCAUCUUGUUUGUAUGUUUUGAUCUUCAAAAAAAAAGGUUUGGAAUAUGAAUAUUAGAAAUGUGAUCGAUACAUGAAUAAACUUGUUGCUCAGAUGCUCUUUAAUCUCUCUGCUUUCUGGGUGUGAAAAGAUUAUUUUGAGAUGGAAAAUGAUUCAACAACAUAGAUGAACAUGUCAAUCUGAUGAUAAAAGAUCAGCAAUGGGAGCACUCUGGUGGUCGAGUGGUUAGAGUG